UGCCCCAUCAUUGUUGUCAGUGGGAAGAAACGUGCCCCAUCAUUGGUGUCAGUGGGAGGAAUCGUGCCCCAUCGUUGGUGUCAGUGGGAAGAAUCGUGCCCCAUCGUUGGUGUCAGUGGGAGGAAUAGUGCCCCAUCGUUGGUGUCAGUGGGAGGAAUAGUGCCCCACCGUUGGUGUCAUUGGGGGAAGGAAUAGUGCCCCAUCAUUAGUGUCAUGGGGAGGAAUCGUGCCCCAUCGUUGGUGUCAGUGGGAGGAAUAGUGCCCCAUCGUUGGUGUCAGUGGGAGGAAUAGUGCCCCAUCGUUGGUGUCAGUGGGAGGAAUAGUGCCCCAUCGUUGGUGUCAGUGGGAGGAAUAGUGCCCCAUCGUUGGUGUCAGUGGGAGGAAUAG